UGCUGCAGCGUCUGUACCGCUACGCUUCCUCCUGGACGUCUACAUUCACACACAUCAGCCGGUUUCAUAAAAAUAACUUCUUCCCGCACAUAUUACAUUCCUUAUUUGUUUAUUUACCAACGGUGGAUUUAGCAGUUCAUAAUAUCUUAAAUGGAGACCUCUGGCAACACGAAUAAGAAGCAGAAACUAAGCAAUGCACCCGAGAGCUGGGGAAAGCAACGAGCUACAAAUGUGACCUAUCAAGCCCAUCAUGUGAGCAGAAACAAGCGUGGGCAGGUAGUGGGAACCAGAGGAGGCUUCAGAGGCUGCACUGUGUGGCUUUCAGGUUUGUCCGGCGCGGGGAAGACGACAGUCAGCAUGGCGCUCGAGGAGUACCUGGUGUGUCACGGCAUCCCCUGCUACACGCUGGAUGGAGAUAACAUCAGACAAGGCCUCAACAAGAACCUGGGUUUCAGCCCUGAAGACCGCGAGGAGAACAUUCGCCGUAUCGCCGAGGUGGCCAAACUCUUCGCCGAUGCUGGACUCGUGUGUAUCGCCAGCUUCAUUUCCCCGUACAGCAGGGACCGUCUGAAUGCCAGAAAGAUCCAUGAAGCCGCCGGCCUGCCGUUCUUUGAGGUGUUUGUGGAUGCUCCUCUGGACGUGUGCGAGCAGAGAGAUGUCAAAGGUCUCUAUAAGAGGGCUAGAGCUGGAGAAAUCAGAGGCUUUACAGGAAUAGACUCUGAGUAUGAGAAGCCAGAGGCUCCAGAACUGGUGCUGAAGACCGAUUCAUGCAGUGUGAACGAGUGCAUCCAACAACUCCUGGAUCUCCUGCAGGAAAGGGACAUUGUGCCUGUGGAUGCGUCCUAUGAGGUAAAAGAGCUCUACGUGCCGGAGAACAAACUGGACUUGGCCAAGGCCGACGCAGAGACUCUUCCAGCCGUAGAGAUCACAAAGGUGGACAUGCAGUGGGUCCAGGUGCUCGCCGAAGGCUGGGCCACUCCUCUGAAUGGUUUCAUGAGAGAGAGAGAGUUCCUUCAGUGUCUUCAUUUCAACUGUCUGCUGGAUGGUGGGGUUAUUAACCUGUCGGUGCCGGUGGUCCUGCCCGUCUCAAGUGCAGACAAGGAACGUCUGGACGGCAGCACAGCGUUCACGCUGCUCUACAACGGCCGGAGAGUCGCCAUCCUUCGCAACCCGGAGUUCUACGAGCAUCGCAAGGAAGAGCGUUGUGCCCGGCAGUGGGGUACCACUUGCAAAGAUCACCCGUACAUUAAGAUGGUGAUGGAGAGUGGAGACUGGCUGGUAGGAGGAGAUCUCCAGGUUCUGGAUCGGAUCUACUGGAACGACGGGCUAGAUAGUUACAGACUCACCCCAACUGAACUCAAGCAAAAGUUUAAAGAGAUGAACGCAGAUGCCGUCUUUGCCUUCCAAUUACGGAACCCAGUGCACAACGGCCACGCGCUGCUCAUGCAGGACACGCAGCGGCGUCUCAUCGAGCGCGGCUACCGCCGGCCCGUGCUGCUGCUGCACCCACUGGGCGGCUGGACCAAAGACGACGACGUGCCACUCGCCUGGCGCAUGAAACAGCAUGCCGCCGUGCUGGAGGAGGGGCUGCUCGACCCAAACUCCACCAUAGUGGCCAUCUUCCCCUCGCCAAUGAUGUACGCCGGGCCCACAGAGGUGCAGUGGCACUGCAGGGCCCGGAUGGUGGCUGGGGCCAACUUCUACAUAGUGGGCCGUGACCCGGCAGGAAUGCCUCACCCGGACACGGGUAAAGACCUCUAUGAGCCCUCCCACGGAGCCAAAGUCCUCACUAUGGCCCCUGGUCUCAUUUCUCUGGAGAUCGUGCCUUUCAAAGUGGCGGCCUACAAUAAAGUCAAGAAGGCUAUGGACUUUUAUGACCCCAAAAACCACCAGGACUAUGACUUCAUCUCAGGAACCCGCAUGAGAAGGAUGGCUCGCGACGGCCAGAACCCUCCAGAAGGCUUCAUGGCGCCCAAGGCCUGGUCUGUUCUCAAGGAGUAUUACCAGUCGAUGGAGAAGGCCUAAGUGGUUUUGCAGGUGUGUAGACGGGCGGAAACAUUUCUGUUACAGUGGGAGAAAAGGGGAGGAGACGAUUAAAAAACAAAAAACACAAUAAUGGAUCACUGGGACCACCCAAUGGACUGUUUUUGGACGUUACUUGCAAGAUGCACAUGUCGUUCCUCAUAAAAUCACUGUCAGGUUCAUGGCUCAGAGUCUUACGAGAGCAUUUUUAUAUGGUCUGUUUUAAAGUAUGAAUAAUGCGAGUUAACUUUGUGGAAGGUACCGAGAAAAUGAAUUCUUUAGUCUCUAUUUUUGUCCGUUCAAUUUUCUCCCAGUCCUAAAAAUGCCUGUUACUAUUGGAUAAUAGUAAUUGUAGGAUAAAAAGUGAUAUUUUCAAAUUGCUUCACUUGCCUUAAUAAUGACAUUUUGAUUGAAAUUGCUACAUUAAUGUUCAGGGUUUAAUAUACUUAUUCUCUUCCUAAAACAAUAUUUUCAAUAGAUUUUAUAACUUCACGUGGGGGAUGUCACAAUAUAACGGUAUUGACAAUAAUUGUGAUGUUAUUAAGCGUGAUUAUCAAUAUUGUUCCAUUUUGUUAUCAUUUAUUCACCCUCGUGUUAUUCAAAAUCUGUAUACUGUAUGAUUAUUUCCUCUUUGAAACGCAAAAGAACAUAUUUUGAGAAAUGUCUCAGUGGUUUCGUGUCCAUACAGUGGAAGUCAAUGGAGGGCAUUGUUGUUUGGUUACCAACAUUAUACAUCAUAAUAUCUUGUUUUGUUCUGCAAAACUGUCAUACAGGUUUGGAAAGACAUGAGGGUGAGUACAUUUUUGGGUAAACUAUUCCUUUAAGUGCUACAGUGGUUAUAAACUCUCUCUUCCUCCCUACACUGGUAUUACGAGUGAUAUUCAUUAAACAAAAACACAAAAUAAACAGAAUAAAUAUUGUAUUAUUUAUAAAAAAUGCAAAAAACACUGAUUGAUAUAAGGCCCUGUCGUGCAGGUAUUGAACCCGGAACAUUUCUGUAAGCCCAAAUCCAUGGCAGAAUGUGACUAUAAAUUAUUGUUUGGUUAUGUUGAAAACCAGAGGCAUUAUUUGUCGUAUAAUAUCAACAGAAAAAGUCCAGUAUUUUAUUCAGUUAUCCUAAAAUACGCGCUGUGACAACAGAAUAUCGUUCUACUGUUUUGAAAUAUGGGCAGUCGUUUCAAUAGGGUUGUUGUCUAGAAGGUCAAACAAACAUGUAAAUUGUACUGAAUUCAUUGCCGUUUCAAUAGUCCGUAACAUUUUUAUCCAGUGUUUAGAUAUUAUAUUGAUUGUUUCCUGUUUUUUCAUGCUUUGUCUUUGGUAUAGGUGACAUUUUAGUAUUAUUUAUUUUUUGUAGUUAUUGUGGUUAGACUAUCAUGUAGGUUGUCACAAUUUCAUAUUUAUUUUUAACAGUAUUGUCCUAACUUCAGUGUCUCUAAUAAACCAUUCCAUCGAAACAGGAAAGAAACGCCUAUAAAUCACUUUGAAUUGAAACUCUUGAUCAAAACUCUGUGCACAAAGCACAUCAAAGACAUGAGAACAUCUCCGAUUCGCGUCGCAAUCUGGAUUGUGUUUCUCAUAAUGUAAGUUUUCCUAGUUCAUCCGAAUGUGCGCAGCAGCCACGCAGGGUCGACUAACCGUACGUGCUGAAACCCAGCUGGCCUCCAGAUGCAGUAGCUCUGCUGUAAACGAGGAACACCUAUGGUUAAUCCUGACCCUUUUAGGAAUACCUCACCUUCUACUUUGAUUCUAGCACGGAGAUGAAACGUCCCAAUGUGCCAGCGGUCAUGUUUUUCACCCGUCAUGUCUGCCAGAUCUUGUUCGAUCUCUAGUCGUCGUCGAGUGGGGCUUUCAAAAUGAAUGAAUCGCACUUCAAUAUGAAGGUGACUUAAGUUUAAAAAUGAACAUUUGAUGGAGUGUAAGAUUUUGUUAUUUUGUAUCUGCUUCAGUGUUGGGUGUAACUAGUUACGAAGUAAUUAGUUACUGUAAUUUAAUUACUUUUCCCUUGAAAAAGUGGAGUAAGGGAUUACUCUUAUUUUUUCUGUAAUUUAAUUAGUUACUUUUGAUGCAAUUAAACUAAAUACUUUGUGUAAUAUAGUAUGUGUGUGCAAUAGUGGAAUUGACAUCAAAAUUCAAAGUCUAACUUUAAAAUCUGUACUUUAAUGUAUUAUUCUCACAUUUGUAAUACUUUGGUCAGUUAAUAAGAGUACUUUAUGUAGUUUAAUAUGAUUUAUUUGAAUGAAUUAAAAGAGAGUUUCAUGCCUAUCCUUGAAUCACUAACUAAUCAAGGUGGAUAUAGGGUAUAGAAAGUAAUAAGUAAUAAGUAACUAAAUACUUUUUGGAGAGAGUAAUUUGUACAGUAAUCUAAUUACACUAUUGAAUAUGUAAUUAGUAACUAGUAAUUAAUUACUUUUUGAGAGUAACUUACCCAACACUGAAUUCUGCUUUAAGUAAAAGAUUUAGUCUGAGCUCACCUGAUUAUUGGCUUCCUAAAAGGUUCCAUCUCAGUUGAAUAAAAACAUUUGUUGGUUGUAAAAGGUAAGAAAGAAACGCUUCUUUUAAGAACCUUUGAUUUAAAGGUUCUUUUGGGAACAAAAAUCGUUCUUGUACCCUGGCUGUAAAUCCUUUACAAAUAUCUAUUUUUAACCCUCUGGUUGUUUUGGGCUAAUACUCCACCCUGUCAAAAGAGACCCAAAACCUAAAAUCUAACUUUCAUUUCAGUAAAAUCAAUGUGAUGUUUUUGUUUAAUCAUAUUUUUCUUUGGAAUUUUAAUUUGAUUCAAAUUAUAUUCCCAUUCGUGUCCUAUUGCGGUCAGUAGUAACAAUGUGGCUUAAGACUUUUUAACCUUUUGGAAUAACAUCAACAUUUUUUUUGUGUCUAUUGCCAGUACAAUAAAAAUCAGUUUUGAAUUGCUCUGCUGUAAUAAUGAAUUUCAAAACAGGAAUUUUUCGGUCAAAAGUAAGCAAAGACUACCGGAGGGUUGAGAGUGCAUGCAUAGUAGAGAUAAAGGAGAUACUGGUGUUAAAUCUUAAAGAUUACUCCUAAAAAAUGAUUUAUUUAAUGACUAUUGAUUUAAUUAUUGACUUAAAAAAACAAGUACAGCUGCAUUUUGCGUGCAACCCAGGAAGUGACAUCAUUUGAUGGCAUGGCAGAAAGUAACUAAUCUCAUUCAAUCUUUUGUUUCUAAACAUGUCAUACAUGUCGUCAGUUUGACGAUUUACACCUUUUAAAGAAGUUAUGGGAAUAAAAGUCACACUAGCUAGCCGCUGGUAAUAGUGGAUAGUUUAACUUAGUUAACAUGUUUAACAAGUAGAAGUUCAUGUUUAUGUAACAAUCGUGUAAUAAAAUGUUUUUUUUGGAUGAGUUGAGUUUUAAGUCUGCUAAUGGAAUUUGCCUGAAGUAUGUCCAUUGUAACCGUGCAUUUGUAAACGUUUCUGCUGGCCACUAUAUUCACAUGCUCUGAGCAGGAUCUUUUAACACAGGCUUUAUUAAUAUCGACAUACAGAGAAGCCGCUCUCCGUAGCGCCUGGUUCUUGUCUUUGGCACUCUGAAGUCAGAUCCUCGGUCCGUCUGACCUUCUCUCCAGUGUUACAAAUGCAAACCACCAUAAAUGCAACAGGUCAUGCGGAAAUCAUUAAGAUCAGAUAAAGAUGGAUUUCGGAAGUGGCUUUGAAAGGUGAUCGAGAAGAAUUGUUGCGGUUCUGCUGUUAACCGUUGUUGAUGGAUGGUUUUACCAGGACUUUGGCUUAUCUCAAAGGAUUGACUCAUUAUGAGGAAUGUCAUUAUGAGAGUUCAUGUACUUUUAAUGUAGGCGAAGUGUAUAUACAGGUGCUAUUUCAAUUCUACAUUUUCUGCUUUUUUACGUGAUUGAAGUUUUAUACAUGUAUGAUACAUUAUAACAAUUGCUUUUCGUCCCAUCCCAGAUAUCUUCUUGACUGUAUCCAAUGAUUCAAAUCAUACACUGUCAUAGUUCCCAAUAAAUCAUAUGCGGUACAAGCUCCGUAACUAAUUGGUGUCACCAGUCCAUCAUGUGACAUCAUCUACCAUACCGGUAGGUUAAACUCUUAGAUGAACCCCAGACACAUUUUCUCUUUCAUUUCCCCUGCAUCUGCUUUUACUUCCACUUAAAGCCAUCCAUGACAAAAUCUGCGUCCCAUAAAAAGGACAAUGUACUGGUACACCUACGUAGACUUAACUCGGUUGCCAUAUCCCCUGUGGUUUGAGUUAAAGGUAUAGUUUACCCAAAAAUGAAAUUUCUGUCAUCAUUCAUUCGCCCUCAUUUCAUGUACGAGAUAUUUUGAGAAAUUUCUGAGUAGUUUUGUGGCCAUACAAUGGGACCCAAUGUUGUUCAAAUUAGGGAUGCACGAUAAAUUAUAUGAUAACAUUAUAAAUGACCAUCUAUCGUGCAUCCCUAAUUUGAACAACAUUGGGUCCCAUUGUACGGUAAUAAUAAAAUUUAGGCCGAUAGCUGAUCAAUUAUGAAUCAUUUCCUCUGGUUGAACAACUUCAGCUGCAUGCUGUGCUCACAGUUAAAAUCCAAUAUCAGUACUGUCUUUCUGUCAUGAUCAUUCACUUACUGCUAUUAGCAAAACAUUGUUGAUGUAGUAUGUAGAUAUUUAUGAAUGUGUAAAUUAUAGGAACAAAAGCGUAUUGUUUGAAUCAGAGUGCUGUCUGAAUGCUUUCUGUCUUGAGACCUGGGAUCUGGGUUGCUCUGGAAGAACAUCUUUAAUUUGUUUAUUAAAUAAUCAUUAUACCAUUCCAAAAGUUAAAGAAUCUUGAAUUAGUGUAAAGUAGGCUUGGUACAUGAUUUUCAGGUAAGAAAAAAAGAAUUUUCAGUCUCAGAAAAUGUUAUAUUAAAAUGUAGAUACUGUAUAUCGGCCAGUAUAUCGGCUUCCAACGUUCAAGAAUGAUCGGUUAUCGGUCAAAAUACAUAUCGGUGCAUUUCUAGUUCAAAUGUCAAAUGUCUUCUGUGUUCCUCAGAAGAAAAAGUCAAACAGGUUUGGAGUGACAUGAGGAUGAGUAAAUGAUCAAAUGUUUCAUUUUUAAGUGUCUUUCUUCGAGACUUCACAAACAUUUAGGAUCUGCGCUUUAAUCUGCUUUGAUCCAGUUUGACUACAGAUAUUAAAAUGUGAGAUAUAGAGCAUUACCUCAGAUGUGAGGGGUUUGAAAUAAAGAGAUCACUUGGAUAGAAGGAUAUCAUACAUCAAAUACUACAGCCUGGCAUGUUCACAUCAAAGAGACGCAUCUGUUUCAAGACAGUGUUCUGGUCCCUCAAAGCAGCAAUGAGAGGAGUUUGACAGUCAGCCCCUCCUUUCUUCCACAUCGUGUCCUCGCUCACCGUCUGAGCGUCUGCACACAAUGGCAAUGCUCCAACCUUAUGCCACCUAGCUGGGCAAGUAAAAGUUUAUCCUUUUUUUUUUCAAAAAUGUUUUUCCAAUUUCAUUGUAUAGCACCUCUACUUUUAGGAGAGUACAGGCAUCUUAGGGCACGUGGAGACUGCAUUUAUUUAUUUAUUUAUUCAUUUGUUUAUUAGAUAUUAUUUAUUAUAAUGAUCUUGCUUGGUCUAUAAACACCAUACACUGUGCUGUGUUUUACCUUUCUGUGUUUUUCUUAUUUGCUCCUGUAAAGCUGCUUUGGAACAAUGCACAUUGUGAAAAGCGCUAUAUAAAUAAAAUUGAAUUGAAUUGAAUUGAAUUAUAGUAACAUUAUUUUCAACAGGAAAGUUGCAUUGAGUCUCUGAUUUAAAGCUGUCAACCCUCCCCAAUGCCUUCUGACCACAGUUCGUCCACAAUGCGAGCGAAUGACGAAGGUAGCGCUGAUGCUAUCUUCUGAUUUAUGCUUUCAAACUUGUAACGGUGAAUUAAUAAGUCAUUGGAAUGCACCGAGCAGCCAGCGUAUUCAAAUGCAAUGGCUCGUGUUGCGCCGUGUCCUGCGUCAGAGCUUCAUGAAUGACUCCUGAUACGAUACUGUGAACAUUUUAUCUCUUCUUCCUCAAUCAGUCCACAGAGAUGUUAUCUGCAAGCAGAAGGGUGGCGAG